AUGGUAGUGAAAGUGUAUGGACCAGACUAUGCUUGCCAUAAAAGGGUGAUAGUGUGCCUCAUUGAAAAGGAAGUUCAGUUUGAAACAGUUCAUGUUGAUGGCUUUAAGGGAGAGCACAAAGAACCUCACUAUCUCAAGUUGCAGGGUUUGAUUUGGAAUCAUGGGAUUGCUGCUAUACAUGGUAAGGAGACUGGAGCAGGUGAUAUUUUGCUAUACAUUGUAAGGAGACUGGAGCAGGGGAAGACAGAUAUGUUUUUGUGUGUGUCAGGAUUAAGUAUUGGCAGCAACAAGUCUAACCCACUUCAAUUUGAGGUGUUGCUUAAAGAUUGA